CUGAAAGCAGGGUGGACAGAGCGAUGGACAGAAGGCUGUACAGGGGGAUACAGACACUGGGCCGGGUGUGACCUUAAAAUAGCGAUUAGAAUACAUGCAUGACCAGCAGGAUUCUUCCACAAUUAUGUUUCCUUCUUAUUGCCACAUUUUUGGGUGGGGGUCUUGGCCUGUUCUAUCAUCUUAGUUGUAAGCCAUAGAAGGCAAAUAAGGGGGAGGACUAGACACAGGCUCUCAUACAGUGACUGUAGGGCCCCCCCAGCCACAAGUGUCACACUGCAAGCAUCAACGUACGACAGUAGUGUAGGACUAAGACCGCGACAUCCGAUAAUUGUGUCAGUGACCAGACCGCGACAUCCGAUAAUUGCGUCAGUGACCAGACCGCGACAUCCGAUAAUUGCGUCAGUGACCAGACCGCGACAUCCGAUAAUUGCGUCAGUGACCAGACCGCGACAUCCGAUAAUUGCGUCAGUGACCAGACCGCGACAUCCGAUAAUUGCCUCAGUGACCAGACCGCGACAUCCGAUAAUUGCGCCAGUGACCAGACUGCAACAUCCGAUAAUUGCGCCAGUGACCAGACCGCAACAUCCGAUAAUUGCGUCAGUGACCAGACCGCGACAUCCGAUAAUUGCGUCAGUGACCAGACCGCAACAUCCGAUAAUUGCGUCAGUGACCAGACCGCAACAUCCGAUAAUAGUGUCAGUGACCAGACUGCAACAUUUAAUAAUAGCGUCAGUGACCAGACAGCAACAUCCGAUAAUUGCGUCAGUGACCAGACCGCAACAUCCGAUAAUAGCGUCAGUGACCAGACAGCAACAUCCGAUAAUUGCGUCAGUGACCAGACCGCGACAUCCGAUAAUGGUGUCUGUGCCUAACCAGACUGCAACAUCCCAUAAUAGCAUCAGUGACUAGACCGUGGCAUCUGAUAAUAGCGUCCAUGACCAGACCACAACAUCCGGUAAUAGCGUCCAUGACCAGACCACAACAUCCGGUAAUAGCGUCCAUGACCAGACCACAACAUCCGGUAAUAGCGUCCAUGACCAGACCACAACAUCCGGUAAUAGCGUCCAUGACCAGACCACAACAUCCGGUAAUAGCGUCAUUGACUAGACUGCAAUAUCCGAUAAUAGCAUCAGUGACCAGACAGAAACAUCCAUUGAUAGUGUCACCGUUGAGACAAAAAAAAAAAACGGAUAACGUCACCGACUGUACAGUACCAUCCCAUAAUAGUGUAACCAGCCAGAAAACACCCCAUAAGAGCAUCAUUGACAAUACUGCAACAUCCCAUUAUAGGAGCAUUAGCCGGGUGAGACGUAUCCCAUAUUAGUGUCAUAGCCCAGGUGACAUCAGAUAACAGCAUCACUGGCUAGACCAUAACAUCCCAUAUUAGCUUCACACCCAGCCACAAGCGUCAGUGACAGAGUUGCUGGUUGUAGCAUCGGCCUAGAAAUGAAGUCGUCUCGGCUCAUUGUGGACACAGACCUCCUCAUCAGCGAGGUUAAGAAGCGUCCGGCCGUGUACGACCAGCAGGAGGACACCUACAGCGACCGCAGCAAAAAGCAGCAAUGCUGGGAUGAGAUCUGCGCCAUUCUUGUACCAGGCUGGGAGGAGAGUAGUCAACUGGAGAAAAGCUGCAAGGCUAAAGAAAUCCAAACUCGGUGGAGGUCCUUGAAGGACUGUUUCCGAAGGGAGCUACAUCUGCAGAAGAAGGAAGCAAGGAACGGAUCAUCGCCUUCAAAACGGAAACGAUACAUGUUCUACGACCAGCUAACCUUCUUGGAAUCUACUUUGAUGCGGAGAUCAACAUCUGGAAAAACUUCGGACACUCAGGAAAGUCCUAAAUCUGAGGGCAGCGACUCGGAACCCCCACAGAGUCCAUUGCCAGAACGUGUGUCACAGAUCCCUGAACCUCCACGCACCAAGAGGAGUAAGUCAGGGGGAAGUGGCUUUGGGGACUUUGAAAGCCAAAUUAUUGGGAUGGUUGAUUCUCUAAAGAAGAAGAAUGACAACGAGAAGGAUGAAGAUUACUUGUUCGUCCAGUCGCUGCUCCCCUACUUGAAGAAAGUCCCUGAGGAGAAGAAGAUUGAUUUACAAAUAGACAUUUUGCAGCUCGUGAAAACUUACAUGCAGCCCUCGGUUUCAACACCCCUGAUGGAAUAGACCGUGUCCUCACCUCGGGCAAAUAUGUAGACAAUAAACCUGUUUCACACACUUA